UUUUGAUUGGGUGGCGGGCUGGCCAUUCGCCGCCACGGCUUAUUGCACGGAUCUCCCGCGACUCCAUGGCUCCAUCGUCGUCGACGAAGAAGGCGAGGUUUGGAACAUCGUGGCCCGCGACGAACCCCACGAGUGCUCCAGCAUCAUGUCCGCCCAAGACGAACGCCAAGUUGCAAAAACUAGUCGCGCCACAUGUCGAUUCGUUCAACUUCAUGCUGUCGGAAGGGCUCGACCAUGCCGUGGCGAGCAUCUUGCCGCUCACGAUUGACGUCGGCCACAGCAACAAGAUGACGAUUUGGAUCGACAGUGUGCAAAUUGGGUACCCUACGUCGGAUGCGACCCACGGCGGCCACGCGAAAACGCUGUUGCCCACUGAAUGCCGCCAGCGUGGCAUUUCGUACACGGCGCCGUUGAUUGUGACGCUGGCGCGGUCCUUCGUCGGCGGAUCCACGACAGAGCACCUCCAACGCACCGUGGGGCACAUCCCAAUCAUGGUGCGGUCUCAGCGAUGCCACUUGGCCAACUUGUCGCCGGCAGAACUCGUCCAAGCUCACGAAGAAGCCAACGAGAUGGGUGGUUACUUCAUCUGUAACGGGAACGAACGGUGCGUGCGUCUGCUGCAAAUGCCCCGCCGCCACCACAUCAUGGCCGUGCGCCGUGGCGCAUUUUCGAAACGCGGCGACUUGUAUUCGGAGCUCGGGGUUACCAUGCGCUGCGUUCGCCGCGACCAGAGCGCUGUCACGUUGACGCUGCACUACCUCCUGGACGGGAACGCAAUGGUUCGACUCGGUGUGCGCAAGCAAGAGUUCAUGGUCCCUGCGGGGCUUCUCCUCAAGGCGAUGUACCCCUUGACGGAUCGCGAAAUAUACGACCGAGUCGUCCGCGGCGACGUCGACAAUACGUACCUCGCUGCUCGCAUGGAGCUCAUUCUGCGCGAGUCCAAGCGAUUUGCAGUGUACUCGCGCGACGAAGCGCUCGCGUAUUUGGGCAAGCAUUUCCGCCACGUGUUGCCGUAUUUGUCGGCCGACAUGACGAACGUCCAAGUCGGGAAUCGAUUUCUCGACGAGUACGUGUUUGUGCACAUUCAGCAAGGCGAAAAAGGCCGUGCUCAAAAGGUCGAGUUGCUGUGCUUGAUGCUUCGCAAACUGUACGCGUUUGCAAAAGGCGACGUCCGCGAAGACAACCCGGACUCUCUUAUGAACCACGAACUCCUUCUCCCAGGCCACUUGUACCUCAUGAUCUUGAAGGAGCGGCUCCAGGACAUGCUCGCGUCAAUCCAAGGCCAGAUCGAAGGCGCCAAGACCAAGCCGGCCGUGCUCGACGCAACGUAUUUGAAAAAAGUGUGGGAGCGUACGCAAAACAUCGGCCACGCGCUCACGUACUUUUUGAACACGGGCAACCUCCGAACCACGAGCGGGCUCGACCUCAUGCAGCUCGCGGGGUACACGGUCGUUGCGGAAAAGCUCAACUACUACCGAUACUUUUCCCACUUUCGAAGUGUCCAUCGCGGCCAGUUUUUCACGACCAUGAAAACCACGACCGUCCGCAAGCUGCUCCCAGACUCGUGGGGGUUCAUGUGCCCGGUCCACACCCCCGAUGGAUCGCCGUGCGGGCUCCUCAACCACUUGGCCGUCGAGUGCGAGCUAGUAACGCAUCCCCCGUACACGCCCGAUACGGUCGCCGAAGAAGAGCUCAAGCUCGCCCGUUUUCUCGCCAACCUCGGGAUGAUUCCUUCCACGGGCUUUAGCGACGGGUCGUUUGUCGCGCCGCACCACUACCUCCCCGUCCUGUUGAACGGGAAACUGGUCGGGGCAGCCGCGCCAACCGUGUGCGUCGAGCUCGAAGCUGCUCUUCGCUUUACAAAGGCGACUCCCGAGGCACAUCUCCGCAAGGAACGCGGAGUCGUCCCGACCCUCGAAGUGUGCUUGAUCCUUCCUGUGGUGGGGGGGCCGUUCCCAGGGCUGUACUUGUCUGCGGACGCCGCGCGGUUUACCCGCCCCGUCCAGCAGCUCCACACGUCGUGGACCGAGCACAUUGGUCCGAUGGAGCAAGUGUUUAUGAACAUCGGAGUCCUUCCCGCCGACAUCCGCGAUAGCACGACGCACAUGGAGAUCAAGCCCACCAACAUGCUAUCGCUCGUCGCGAGUCUCACGCCGUUCAGCGAGCACAACCAGAGUCCCCGCAACAUGUAUCAGUGCCAAAUGGCCAAGCAAACGAUGGGGACACCGGCGCAUUCGAUCCCGUACCGAACCGACAACAAAAUGUACCGCAUCCAAACACCGCAAGCGCCGAUUGUGCACAACGAACGGCUGCAAGAGUUUCAACUGGACGAGUACCCGCUUGGCACGAACGCGGUCGUGGCGGUCAUUUCGUACACGGGCUUUGACAUGGAAGACGCCAUGAUUCUCAACAAGUCGAGCUACGAGCGCGGGUUUGGCCAUGCGUCCGUGUACAAGCAGAUUCAGGUGGACAUUGCCCCGAAUGAAAAGACCACAACCAAGUCGUAUUUUGGCAACGUCCAGCCUCACGGCGCGACGCUGUUUUCGUCCAAGUUGGACGCGGACGGGUUCCCGCACGUGGGCCAGCACGUCGAGUACGGCGACCCCAUCGCGUGCCACAUCAAUGAAACGACGGGCAAAGCCUCGUUUGUCAAGCACAAAGAGACCGAGCCGGCCGUGAUUGACCAAAUCAACUUGCUCGGGAACGGCGCGGGCGCGAUCGCGACCAAAGCCAGCAUCAAGCUCCGGUUUGUUCGGAACCCGAUCAUCGGCGACAAGUUUUCAUCGCGCCACGGGCAAAAGGGUGUGCUGUCGAUUUUGUGGCCCCAAGCCGACAUGCCGUUUGCCGAGUCCGGGAUGAGCCCCGACAUUAUCAUCAACCCGCACGCGUUUCCGUCGCGCAUGACGAUCGGGAUGUUGGUGGAAUCGAUGGCGGCCAAGGCCGGCGCCCUCCGUGGCGAGUACAUGGACGCGACGCCGUUCCAGUUUAACGAACAACAUCGCGCGAUCGACCAAUUUGGCAAGUACUUGAAGAAGGCAGGAUACAAUUACAUGGGCAGCGAGCCGCUCUACUCGGGGCUCACGGGCACCGUCAUGCACGCUGACAUUUACAUGGGGGUGGUGUACUACCAACGCCUGCGGCACAUGGUCAGCGACAAGAGCCAAGUCCGCGCGACGGGCCCGAUGAACUCGUUGACGCGCCAGCCGCUCAAGGGGCGCAAGAAGAAGGGCGGGAUCCGUUUUGGUGAAAUGGAGCGCGAUUCGCUCUUGGCGCACGGGUGUGCAUUCCUCCUCCACGACCGACUCAUGAACUGCUCGGACAAACACAUUGCGACCGUCUGUACCAAGUGCGGCAGUCUCCUCUCGACAUGGACCCAGCGCGCGUCCGUGACCGACGCGGGGCAGUCGGACUUGACUCUCCACAAAGAGCGGCAGCACUGGAUGUGCGCUACGUGUCGAACCGGCGACGGAUGUGAACCAGUCGCGAUGCCGUACGUGUUUCGGUAUCUUGCCAACGAACUGGCCGCGAUGAACAUCAAGAUGACUCUGGCGUUGAAGGGAUGGUAAAAUGACAUGAAGUUGAUGAUGGCGCGGUAAUAUAGAUGAACGAGUUAUGCGUUCGAAGUGG